UUCUUAUAAGAAAUGUGAGAAACAAGAACAUCAAUAAUGAAACCACUAAAGAAAACUAUGGAGUAUCAACCACACCACCAACAGUGUGCUGUACCAAAAAUUAACCAUCAACAGCGAUGCGUCGACAGAUGAGUACCAGAGCCAGAGCUUUUUCUCAAAUGGGUUUCUCUAAGCACCCCUAUAAAGUCGUCACACGAGCAAGUGAACAAGUGGAGAAGAGCAUCUACACAGUUCUGACCCUGGACCGUUGGGGCUCACUCAAUCAUAUGGGUUAUAAAAUGGCUUCAUUAAGGCCUGUUCAUGGAAAAUUAGCUUUGAAAUUCUUGAAUUGGUUUAUUAAGCAACCUGGUUUGGAGUUUACUCAUAUUAUUCUUAUGUAUGGUAUCACGACUCAUAUACUCGUCAGAGCUAGAAUGUAUGACGACGUUAAGUCAAUUUUGGGACAUUUGUCUGACAACAUGGGUGUUGGCCCAAAUUUUCUUUUCGAUGCUCUUAUGGAUACGUAUCGCCUUUGCAGUUCAAACCCUUGUGUUUUUGAUAUCUUUAUUAGGGUUUAUGUGAGAAAAGGAACACUUGAGGAUGCUCUUGAGAUAUUCCAUUUGAUGAGUUGUCGAGGAUUUAAACCGUCGGUUUACACUUGUAAUAUGCUUCUAGCUGCAAUGGGGAGGAGGCAGCAGCAAAAUGCUGAGACUACCGUGUGGUUAUUCUUCAAAGAAAUGCUUGCUAAACGCAUUUGCCCCAAUGUUGGUACAUUCAAUAUACUUUUACGAGUUGUGUGUGCCGAAGGGAAGGUCGAGAGAGCAAAUUGUUUGCUUGCAAAGAUGGUAGAGAGUGGUUAUAAACCUGAUGUGGUUACGUAUAAUACUUUGCUUAAUUGGUAUUGCAAAAAGGGAAGGUAUAAAACAGCUUUAGAACUGAUUGAUUGCAUGAAUGCAAAGGGUGUUGAAGCUGAUGUUUGUACAUACAACAUGUUUAUAGAUGACUUAUGCAGGAAGAAUAGGAGUGCUAAGGGCUAUGUAGUAUUGAGGAAGAUGAGGAAGAGAUCGAUUGUUCCGAAUCAUAUUACCUAUAAUACUCUUAUUAACGGGUUUGUGAAAGAGGGGAAGAUUGACACUGCAAUGAAGAUUUUGAAUGAGAUGUUGAAGCUCAAUCUUUCACCGAAUUGUAUCACUUUCAAUGCUUUGAUUGAUGGGCAAUGUCGAGCAGGCAAUCUUAAAGAGGCUCAAGAAAUGCUGACUGAAAUGGAAACAAGAGGUCUACAGCCCAGUGAGGUAAGUUAUGGGGCUCUCUUGAAUGGUUUCUGCAAGCAUGGCAUAAUGGGUUCUGCAAGAGAUAUCCUCAAGAAGAUGAAAUCGAGAGGAUUAUCUAUCAAUCAGAUUCCGUAUACAAUGUUAUUAGAAGGAAUAUGCAGAACAACGGAGUCGCUAGGAGAAGUUGUUCCAUUACUUGAGGAUAUGUUUGAGAAGGGUAUAUGUCUUGAUGUUGUUGCAUACUCGGUUCUUCUAAAUGGAUUUUGUAAAGCUGGAAUGCUAAUAACUGCGAUGGAAAUAUUAUGUAGGAUGUACAGGUUUGGAGUUUUCCCAAAUGAUGUAGUAUACUCUACUUUGAUCUACAACUUUUGCAAGCAACAAGAUGUCCUAAAAGCAAUGAGAGUCUAUGCAAUGAUGCACAAAACAGGCCAUAGUCCUGACGUUUUCAUAUGCAACUCGCUGAUAUCUUCUCUUUGUACAGGUGGAAGAGUAAGAGAGGCAGAGGAUUUCAUGCGUCACAUGCAUAAGAUUGGUCUUGUUCCCGAUUCUGUUGCUUUUCAUUCUGUUAUUGAUUGCUAUGGAAAUGUAGGUGAAGGGUUAAAAGCAUUAUCCUGGUUUGACAAAAUGGCUAACUUAGGUAGACAGCCUAGCGUUUACACCUAUGCAAGCUUACUAAAGGGAAUAUGCAGAGGAGGAAACCUUACAGAGGCACUUGGAUUAUUUAAUAGGCUCCGUGGUAUUUGCUGUGCGACAGAUGUUGUUGUUGUCUACAACUCAUUGCUGGCUGAGAUCUGCAAGUUAGGCCACUUCCACAUGGCAUUAAUCCUUAUCGACGAGAUGUUUCAGAAUAAUGUGCUCCCUGAUAGUCAUACCUACACCAGUCUCCUAGCUGGCUUGUGUGGUAACAAUAAGUUGGUGGCUGCAAUUCUUCUGUUGGAAAGAGCAUUGAGUAGAGGAGACCCCUCUUCAAACCGGGUCAUGUAUACAUGUAUUGUUGAUGGACUUUUCAAGAGUGGCUUGCCUAAGAUUGCCGGUUACUUCUUUGAUGAGAUGAUAAGGAAAGGUCUUAGUCCAGAUACCGUGGCACUGAAUGUGGUGAUGGAUGGUUACUCAAAACAUGGGCAAAUGGAUAAGGUGAGUAGUUUCUUUUCUACAAUGAGAGAGCCUUCCUUGACUACAUAUAAUAUUCUAUUACGAGGCUACUCGAGACAGAAAAACAUAUCUGAGUGCUCUAAGUUAUAUCAAUCACUUAGAGAAAAAGGUUUCACGCCAGAUAAAGUAACAAGCCAUUAUGUGAUUCUUGGACUCUGUGAGUCGAAGCUGCUGGACAUUGGGGUUAAAUUUAUGAUAAAGAUGAUCUUGGGGGGGAUAGUGGCAGAUAAAUUCACAUUCAACAUGAUAAUCCGUAAAUAUUGUGAAAGGGGUGAGAUGAAGAAGGCCCUUGGUCUUCUUACUUUAAUGACUACCUUAGGUGUUUCUCCUGAUGGAGACACUUACAAUUCGAUAUUUAAGGGACUAAAAAGAACAUUGGACUUCCAAAAUUCACAUCGUCUCUUGCAUAUAAUGAUUGAAGAGGGUUUUGCUCCAAUCGACAGACAAUACUGCAAUUUAAUAACUAGUAUGUGUAAAGUUGGAGAUGUAAAAGGAGCAUUCAAACUAAAAGAUGAAAUGGAGCUGAUAGGUAUUAGCUCCUCCCGUACUAUAGCUGAGGGUGCAAUUAUAAGAGGGCUCGUGCGUCGUGGGAAGAUGGAGGAAGCAAUGCUGGUACUUGAAUGUAUGCUACGGAUGCAUCUACUUCCAACUGUUGCCACAUUCACAACUGUUAUGCAUGGACUUUGCAAAAGUGGUAACUUGUGUGAGGCCUUAAAAUUGAAAACUACAAUGGAGCUUCAUGGUGCAAAGCCAGAUGUUAUUGCUUACAAUGUCCUCAUAACUGGCUUUUGUGCUGGUGGUGAUAUUGAUGAUGCAUAUCAGCUGUAUGAGGAGCUGAAAGAGAGGGGUAUGUGUCCCACUAUUACAACCUUCACCGUUCUUCUCAAUGCAUUUUGUUCAGCUGGGAAUGAUCAUCUUGCAAAGGGUGAAAGUCUUCUAAAUGGUCUGCAAGAGAGGGGACUGGCGGAUGAACUUCAUUCAAAUACCCAAGCACUAUGUGAAAGAUUGACAAUCAUGAAGGAAAAGCUAAAUGCUUUAAGAAAGAAGAAAAAGAAAAGAAGAUAAGUGUACUGCUAUAGAAAGAUGACACUGGCUGGGAACAUUAUUUAUCUAGCUUGCUGGAAAUGACAUUGACAACCUUUAAUGGUUGAGAUCAGGUCUAUCUGAGACAUUACGUCUGCAGCUGAUACUUUGGCUGCUUGAUCUACCAUUUGAAGUGUUUCUAUGUUCGGUAUCCUUUAGCAUAUCUGUCCUACAAGGUGGGAUAUAAGGAUAUUGCAGCUCACAAAGUGGUCUAAUGUUCUGUCCGAAUAGCUUAUGUGAGCUCUAUGUUCAAGGGCAUAGAGUUGAAGUGUUGCAAAUCAUAUCGAAGCUUGUUUCUGAAACUAGUGGGUGACGAUCCGUUCGUUCGUAAGGAUUCUAUUGUUGAGGUGAGUCUCCGCAUUGUUGUUGGAGGCUUUAAUUUCAGCUUUAUCCCUUUAGAUUAUAUUUCUUUUUAUUGGGUUGCAUGCCCGAAAGUUGAACUCAUGUAACGCUAUUUUAGAUGUGAGAUUUGGGACAGAGAAUUAGUUCGGAGUUCUUUGUUUGUAUAAUUUGUAUAGUUCUUAGUAACAAACAUAGAAGAAAAUUGUUAAGGAGAUUCCAGGCCCGACUUGAUAAGAUUGGAGAUCUAAACUUCAAAAAAGACGGUAUAUAUUUUUAUU